AUGGACCCUUCCAUCCUUCGCGAGCUCUCGAAGCUCGACCCCGCGGUACCGUUCCGCUCAUCGACCGAUCAUUUACAUCACACAUGGGCCAAGACAUUCUUCUCGCGCCCAGAGUUGUACAUUCGUCCACAAACUAUUCCAGAGAUCCAACAGCUGGUGACUCUUGCCCGUCGCUGUCGUCGUCGUAUCGUAACAGUCGGUAGCGGCCACUCGCCCUCCGAUUUGACCUGCACCUCGUCCUGGCUCGUCAACCUCGAUGACUUCAAUCGCAUCCUCCACGUUGACCCGUCAACUGGCUCGGUAACCGUCGAAGCAGGCAUCCGAUUGCACGCACUUGGCGCACAACUGGCGAAACACGGCCUAACACUCGAGAACCUGGGCAGCAUUGACAGCCAGUCCAUAGCAGGCGUCAUCGCCACCGGCACCCACGGUAGCUCCCUCCGCCACGGCCUGGUGUCAGAAUGCAUCGACUCACUCGGCCUGGUACUCGCCAACGGCCAGCUAGUCCGCUGCAGUCCGACAAACAACCCGGAUCUGUUCCGCGCGGGGCUGGUGUCGCUCGGAGCGCUCGGAAUCGUCGUCGAGGUCACCUUCAAAGCGGCGCCCACGUUCAAUAUCGCCUGGCGCCAGGAGCGAUAUUCGCUACCGCGCGUGCUGGACGAAUGGUCUACAGGUCUAUGGACCUCGCAUGAGUUUGUGCGCGUUUGGUGGCUGCCUUAUGAGAAAGGCGCUAUUGUCUGGCGGGCUGAUAAAACCGACCUUCCGCUGCGCGCUCCUCCGAAAAACUUCUACGGCGACUCGUUAGGCUACCACAUCUACCAUAAUCUUCUCGCGCUGUCUUCGUAUAUCCCGCGUAUCCUGCCCUGGGUCGAAUGGUUCGUCUUCGGUAUGCAGUACGGCUUCCGGGCUGGGUCGACUAUCACCGAGGCUGUUGAACCCGCACGCGAGGGAUUGUUAAUGAACUGCCUGUAUUCGCAGUUCGUUAACGAAUGGGCUCUUCCGCUGGAAAAGGGCCCUGAGGCCAUCGGUCGGCUUUCGGCCUGGCUGCACGGCGACACAGAGACCGCGCGCAUCCCCUUCUCGCCCAAGGGACUGUACGUACACUGUCCAGUCGAAGUGCGAGUCUCCGAUACCUCGCUGAACACCAAGCCCCGCCCCUUCCUCGACCCGACCUGUCGCGACGGCCCGACACUCUACCUCAACGCAACGCUUUAUCGUCCAUACCUCCGCGACCCGCCAUGCAAAGAACGCUACUACGAAGCUUUCGAAUGGCUGAUGCGGGAGAUGGGCGCGAAACCCCACUGGGCGAAGAACUUCCGCACUCUUAGCUCCUCCGAGCUGGGCACUGCGUACGGGUCCGACAUGGAAUCAUGGAUGAAAGUGCGUUCAGAGGUCGAUGCGGACGGGAUGUUCGUGGGCGAAUGGCAUCGACGUCACCUGCCCCUAGGGCUUGGGCAAAGAAAUGAGGAACCUGAAGACAAGAGGCUACCCCUCCUGGAGCGUGAACACGAACGUCGCAGGGUGGACAUAAGGGGCGUUGGAGAUGGUGUCGAAUGGGUAGGAGAUCGCCGAUGGCUGGUUGAGGGUCAGGCUCAGCGACACUCCUUUGAUGAGCUGGAUCUGGAGAAGAGCGCGUACCCUUUACCGUCUGAUCACUUGCCUAGUCCGUCUGAGACGGCGACCAGCGAGGAGAGCUUUGAUUUGCUUGCCAGGGGUGAAGCGAGCAUCUUGCUCCCCGAUGGACCGGGGGCAUGA